AUGCCGCACGUUUUCAACACCCAUAUACCGCUUUCGAAUAUUGACGUAUCCAGCACACUCGACCUCUGUUUCCACCACUGCACUGUUUACGUCUGCCCUACGAGACCACAUCCGUUUCCCGUCACACAUUUUUGUAAAAGGCACGCACUCUGUUUGCUUUUGUUGUACAUUUUCGUGGCAGAAUGCAUCAAUGGUUGUAUCUUAGUGAAAGCUCAGAUCAUUAGCUAUCUAAGGGUGUGCUUGUGUUAUGUAGUGAUGACAAACAGCCGAACGGUAUGCAUUUGA